AUGAAUCCCCAGGCAAAACUAAUUUUCAUCACUAGCCUACUCCUAGGAACUACCAUCACAAUCUCGAGCAACCACUGAAUCAUGGCCUGGGCCGGCCUGGAAAUUAACACACUAGCCAUUUUACCGCUAAUCUCAAAAUCCCACCACCCGCGGGCCAUUGAAGCCGCUACUAAGUAUUUCCUAGUACAAGCAGCUGCUUCUGCCCUAGUCCUAUUCUCCAGUAUGACUAACGCAUGAUGCACGGGACAAUGAGACAUUACCCAACUCACCCACCCAACAUCCUGCCUAAUCCUAACUUCAGCUAUCGCAAUAAAACUAGGACUAGUACCCUUCCAUUUCUGAUUCCCAGAAGUGCUGCAAGGCUCCCCUCUUACCACCGGCCUCCUGCUAUCCACUGCCAUAAAACUCCCGCCAAUAACACUAUUAUACAUAACUUCACCCUCGCUAAACCCCACAUUACUAACCACCAUAGCCAUCCUUUCAACUGCCUUAGGGGGAUGAAUAGGACUCAACCAGACACAAAUCCGAAAAAUUCUAGCUUUCUCAUCCAUUUCCCACCUAGGCUGAAUAGCAAUUAUCCUCGCCUACAACCCUAAACUCACCCUUCUCAACUUCUACCUAUAUGCACUAAUAACUACAACUGUAUUCCUCACCAUAAACUCAAUGAAAGUCCUAAAACUAUCUACUCUAAUAACAGCAUGAACCAAAAUACCAUCACUAAACGCAAUACUGCUCCUAACUCUACUCUCACUUGCAGGACUCCCCCCUCUAACGGGAUUCCUCCCCAAAUGACUCAUCAUUCAAGAACUAACCAAACAAGACAUGGCCCCAGCAGCUACAAUCAUCUCACUCCUCUCCCUACUAAGCCUGUUCUUCUACCUCCGCUUAGCCUACUGCACAACAAUCACACUCCCCCCACACACUACAAACCACAUGAAACAGUGACACACCCACAAACCAACCCCAACACUAAUCGCCAUCCUAACCACCAUGUCCGUUACCCUACUGCCUGCCUCCCCCAUAAUUCUCGCUAUCAUCUA